AUGCCCGGUGAGUACUCCACUCUGGUGGGGGUGGGGCCUGUGGGGGUCAAAGGACCGCUGGAGGCGGCUUGUGAGUUGCCCGAAGGAGUGAAGGCUGCUGUGCAGCUGCACCAGGACCGCCUGAGCACAGCAGCGAGCUCUCGGUCCGUCGGUCGUGCACUCGUGCUGACUGGCUGGGCACGCACACACAUGUGCCGCUGCCCGCUGGCUGGAACCAGCUCAGCUCCGUCUCCUGAGCCGCUCGUGUUCUCAAAACUAAUCUCUACAACUAAAAAGACCCGGAUGUAUCGUUUUCGUCCCGCUAAUCACCGCUUAGCUGCGCUAAUCGCCCCCGCUAAACAACCCGCCCCACGCGCUUCGCCCCGCCACGAUCUCGGAACUGCCGCCCGCGCACGACUCCCGCCCACGCCGCCGCUGCGAGCGUCACAGUCCGGAGCAUCAGGACGACCACGACGCACCAAGGCUGUGCCAUCUCGGGAGUUAUUUUGUUCCUCGCGCUCGCCACGCCGCGCUGGGAGCUGCUCCUCUUUUCCCCUCGCACACGCUCCAUCUGGAGUUCUGGACACCGCCCUAAUCCACUGCGGAGGAGCCCGAUCUGGUGGGAGGAAAGUGUGCCACCGCCCUGUCUCCUCGAUCUCCGCGCAUGCAGCCGCGAUUGGGCGGGAAUCGACGCGACCUGCCUCAUCCCGCACUGCUGCGACCGCUGCUCCCCGCCCGCCGCCUCUCCUGGGGCCUCGUGCCGCGCUCCCGACCUCCAACAUGGGCGUUGACAGCUGCCGUGGAGGGAGGAGAAAGCGUAGCAGCGCCGGCGAGCGAGCAGGCCGUUAG